GUGUCGGGGAGGUGCUGAGAAAUAGGGCGUUGAGGCAGCUCCUCCAUUCAUUCGCAGAGAAAAACCCUUUCUUAAAGACGCAGACAAGCUACUGUCCCCUGGGAACAUAAAUAAAAUAGUUCUUACUUGGUCUGAGUGAACUACGUGCUAUAUUACGCAUACUUUUUGCAGGACACACACGCAUAAAUCGAAGGUGAGGAGUGAUUGUGGGCAUCGGUGAGGUAGGCCUACAUCGCUUGACUAUUGCCCCGUUAUGUUAUUUUUUUCUCCAUAGUUAAAAUCCUCCAUAUGUACAAUCAGCAAUCUGGAAAGUUCGAUUUCUCUCGCAGAUUGGAUGAAUGAGGCUCUUUAACAAUUCCGUUUUUCUGUAGCCUUUUUAAGUCGUAACCCAAUUCGGGAUAAUUGGCAAUGAAGUUAGAUUCGGUGUAAUAAACUGUAGAUAUACUGUCCCUGUUAACUCAUAACGAGCAGAACGUAUCUGGUCACGGACUUUGAUAAUAAGGUGCACAGUGCACACCAUGGGCAGCAUUGAAAGAUGUUUAGGCCUAACAAUGUUUCAUUGAAGGCAGUAGGUUAUAGCAACACUGGACUAAACUUUGUAUUUAUUUAGUCUCCUCCAGACACAGAUACAGUCCGUGGUGUUGCAGGCUAUAGUGGAGGAUGGCCAAACUGUUUCGAGCCGUGAUCAUGGGUCCACCAGGCUCGGGAAAGGGGACCAUAUCCGAGAGAAUUGCGCAAAGAUUUGGCCUGACACAUCUGUCCAGUGGCGACUUUGUUCGGGAGAAUAUAGCUGCAAAUACAGGUAGGCCUAUUCUUGAUAAAUAAUUAGACAUUUAUCUAUUUAUUAUUUACCAUUUAUUUAUUUGUUUUCUUGAUUUCAUCUUUUUUUAAAUAUUAUUAUUUGCUAUAGUUUUUUGCCACAUAUUUGUCAUCCUCAGCGGGGUUGCUAGAAACCGUCAGUUUUUCAGGGAUACAGUGUCUUCAACCUAGCUUAAAAAUAAAAUAAUAAUAAUAAUAAUAAUAAUAAUUAUUAUUAUUAUUAUUAUUAUUAUUAUUGUUAUUAUUGUUAUUAUUAUUUCAACCUAGCUUCCUUUUCCCUGAAAACCGGAAUCGGGGGACCCCGCUCAGGCGUUUAUUUUACCCCUGCUAUGUUUUAGGUUACAUAUUUUUUGCUAAUGUUAGCCUUUAGUAGCCUAACUAGCCUUCACCCCCACUAGCCUAAGCCAUAAAUUGCAACAAUAUUGUAACACCAGCAGAGGCCUAAGUUCAGGCUAGGUGAAGAGAGUCGCUUCCAAGUUGGCACCAGGCUGGUCAGUGGCGCAUUUCUGAAGUCAAGAAACUCCUAUCAUCCAAGCCACAUAAACAUUAGUUAAAGUUAGAGGCUAUGGCAAAUCAACAAUCUGGUUAAAAAAACUAAUCCCAGUUAUGAAACUGUUUCUUUGCUAAUAGUCUCUGAAACUUUACAGGCUAUAGCAAAAGUAUGUUUUGAAUUUCUCUGAAUUUCUCUGAGUUGACUUAUCUGACCUAUUUUAAUCAGAAAGUGUGCCAAGCUUUUUAGCCCACAGAUGAAAUGUGAUGUAGGGAGGGCAUUAAACCCAAAACAUGUGUGGGGUUGUAGUUACAGUUACAGUGCAGUUUCAAGGCCAUGCCUUACUAAACACAGUUUUCUAGAAUUACUAUACUGGAGUUAUUUACAUUAAUGAAGACAUUCUCUUACAUUCAUACUUUGUAAACCCUGCUACCUUAAGUAAAUCUGAAUGGACACAAUUAAUCUUAUGCUAUGGCUUUAUGUAUUUUAAUUCUAGCCCCUGUAACGACAUUGUCACGAUCCAGUUUGGUCAGUAGGUCAUUAAAUGACAUUAAUCAAUUAUUGAUGGCUUUAGUUUAGAGGUGUCUGGAGAUCUGUCUGAGAUGUGCUACGUGACUGACUGCUGUAAAGAAAGCAAGAAAAAAGGGGGGAAAGAAAACAGGGUGAAUUGGUAACCGUUUAGGUGUUAAAGCUACAGAGGGCAUUCCUGUCUGGGUUUACUCCACCUCUCUUACUAGAAAUCUUUCAAAACUUUUUAAUGCUUUUGAAUUAUCGGGAAUUGAUGCCUCCAUCCUCCUCCUCUUCCUCCUCCUCCUCCUCCUCCAUCCUCCUCCUCCUCCUCAUUAUCUCUCUCUUUCCCUCCCUCCCUCCCUCCACAGAUGCUGGUGUUCUGGCUAAGACCUACAUAGAGAGGGGUCUGCUGGUGCCGGACCAUGUGAUGACACGGCUCCUACUUCCCAGGCUGGAGGAGAUGACCCGCCACAGCUGGCUGAUGGAUGGUAAGACCAAACACACACACACACACACACACACACACACACACACACACACACACACACACACACACACACAUACACACACAUACACAUACACACACACACACACCAUGAAAUGCACACAGACUUCCAAAUAUCUUUUUUUCAGCUGCGUAGAGAAAGCAAGAACAUAGAGAUGGUUAAUGAAUUGGCAAACAACCAAAAACACAUGAGCACAGUAAGGUAUCAUGAAACACUGACUGUACAGGUUUGUGUCUGGCCCAGAAACAAGCUGAAAGAGGCCAGUCAGGCAACAGGCCAAGGUUUGUAAACAGUAGUUCAGGUUUACACCCUCUGAAAGCAGCUAUUAACUAGUCUCACAGCCAGGCCAGAGGAACCAACAGUAAAUACAGUAUUUACAGUAUGUCUACCAGUCCAUAUCAGUGUAGGUUAAAAGGAAAUUGAUCAGGAUGUUGUGUUUGUAUUGUUUACAUAACGAUACGACCUUUAUGAUGUCAUAGAAAAUACAUAAAUAUUUUCCUUGAAGUUGUUGUGCAGGAGCAAUGUGAGAUUCACACGCACACACACACACACACACACACACACACCCCUCAGUCUCCGUCCUUCAUCUCCCAACUCUCCCCAGGGUUUCCCCGUACCCUGGCCCAGGCCAAGGCUCUGAACAGUACCUGUGACCUGGACCUGGUCAUCAGCCUCAACAUUCCCUAUGAGACCCUGAAGGACAGGCUGAGUGACCGCUGGAUCCACCCAGCCAGCGGCAGGGUCUACAACAUGGGCUUCAACCCUCCACGCGUACAGGUCAGAAAACAACAUUGUUUUUCUCAGUUUUUAAUCACCACCAUCAUCUCCUUUACACAUAUUUAGUCUUCUGGUUAGUCUGUCAGGACCGAGUUUGGGAAAGCAUGUGCUAAGCAAUGGUUGCUAUGGUUGCUACAGAAGGCUGUGAAAAUACGGUACCAGAUUGUUAUAUUCCUAACACUUGUAUUUGUGAAUGAUCAGUAAUAUCUUGAAAUAGUGUAUUGAAUGUGAGGGGUUCAAGACAACUCUCUGUGAGCUGGGUACAGUUUUCAUGGGUUUAUGUCAUUGAUACAAUAAUAAUUAAGUUGCAUUGGUUCUGUUUUCCCCCCCAGGGCAGGGAUGACAUCAGUGGGGAGCCUUUGAUCCAUCAUGAUGAUGACAAACCAGAGGCUCUAGUGGCCAGACUGAGGCAGUACAAGGACUUGGCCAAGCCCAUCAUAAACCUGUACAAGUACGUCCACCCUUCACUUCACUGACUCAUUUUUUAAAGCAUUGUGUAAAUUUCUUGCCUUGACUAUCCUGAAAUACUGAUCAGUGACAAUGUAGUUACAAUAUAAUGUAAUUAUGCUACAUGGUAGUUAUGCAACUUUACCUGGAAAGUGUGUCCUUAUUUUCCUCCCCAGGUCAAAGGGCAUCCUGCACACGUUCUCAGGCACAGAUACAGACAGGAUCUGGCCUUACAUCAACUCUCUCCUCAGCACCAAGAUCCCCAGCACAUCACAGACAGACACACAACGCAUCCCAAUGCCCUGAGGAGAGCAGAGGUGACGCAUCAGAAGCAAAGGCCAUGCACAGGGACUCCUAAUGUUAGUUAGUGAAGACGUUAGUUGAGUACAUGGCUGCAAGACAAGACUACCGCUAGAUGUUAGGAGCCCUUAGCUUGGCAGUUAUCUCAGUACCAAAACAUGUUUGCAAAUACAAUCCUAUGCACUACAUAGAUCAGGGGUGCAUAGCUUAUUUCCUCAAGGGCUGGAGUGUAUGAAGGUUUUCGUCCUUACCUUUUAGACAGAGACUGAUUUCCUCUCUCCAGAUAGUAAGUUUAAAGUCCCAGGGAGAAACGGAAAUCAGCAGGACUGCAGAACAUGAGAGCCUGAUGUGCAACUCUAAAUAUACCUUACAU